AUGCCAGAAGCGCUGAAAGCUGAAUCCAGAAAUUUGCAUAAGGCCCCUAUAAAUAGGGCCAGUAACCGCCGUGUUGGUACUCCGGAGUGUCAGAACAGUGUGGUAAUUGUCGCUAUGCCCGAGCCGGCCAAGUCCGCCCCCGCGCCCAAGAAAGGCUCCAAGAAAGCCGUCACCAAGACGCAGAAGAAGGGCGACAAGAAGCGCAAGAAGAGCCGCAAGGAGAGCUACUCGAUCUAUGUGUACAAGGUGCUGAAGCAGGUGCACCCGGACACGGGCAUCUCGUCUAAGGCCAUGGGUAUCAUGAACUCCUUCGUCAACGACAUCUUCGAGCGCAUCGCCGGCGAGGCCUCUCGCCUGGCGCACUACAACAAGCGCUCCACCAUCACGUCGCGGGAGAUCCAGACGGCCGUGCGGCUGCUGCUGCCCGGCGAGCUGGCCAAGCACGCCGUCUCCGAGGGCACCAAGGCUGUCACCAAGUACACCAGCUCCAAGUAGAGCGUCUCGGAUCGUCAGUUUUUAACCCAAAGGCUCUUUUAAGAGCCACCUAUUUUCUCAAUUGAAAGGGCUGAAUUACUUUUUUUUUUUUUCUUUUGGUUCGGAUUUAUGUAUUAUGUGUCCUUAAAGUAUUCUGGUUGUAGGUACUUACAAAGUAAAUACUUGAGAUGGAAAAGUCCUCGGUUAAAAGCUUAUGUUGGGCGCAGAGUUACAAGUAUGACAGUUUAGAACUUUAACAUGAGCUUUGGUUCAAAAUGUGGCUGAAAAGCACCAGCAGCAGCUUUUCCUAGUGUUUUGCCAGCUCUGUUUUCAGAACUUUGACGACCCGGAAA